CCUGGAGUGGAGGUGUGAGCUGCUCAAGAGAACACAGCCAAGAAGGUGCAAAGCCAAGGACUUAACCCCAGGUGAAGCAGAUCAUGGAGGAGGCCGUCACACGCAAGUUUGUCCAUGAGGAUAGCAGCCACAUCAUCUCCUUCUGUGCGGCCGUGGAGGCCUGCGUCCUGCAUGGGCUGCGGCGGCGGGCAGCUGGCUUUCUGCGCAGCAACAAGAUUGCAGCUCUGUUCAUGAAAGUGGGCAAGAACUUCCCGCCGGCUGAGGAGCUGAGCCGCAAGGUGCAGGACCUGGAGCAGCUGCUCGAGAGCGCGCGAAACCAGAUCCAGGGCCUCCAGGAGAAUGUGCGGAAGCUGCCGAAGCUGCCCAACCUGUCCCCACUCGCCAUCAAGCACCUGUGGAUUCGCACUGCCUUGUUUGAGAAGGUGCUGGACAAAAUCGUGCAUUACCUGGUGGAAAACAGCAGCAAGUACUAUGAGAAGGAAGCCCUCCUGAUGGACCCGGUGGACGGCCCCAUCCUUGCAUCUUUGUUGGUGGGGCCCUGUGCCCUGGAGUACACCAAGAUGAAGACUGCGGACCACUUCUGGACCGACCCCUCGGCGGAUGAGCUGGUGCAGAGGCACCGAAUCCACAGCUCACACCUGCGCCAGGACUCCCCCACCAAGCGUCCGGCCCUCUGUAUCCAGAAGAGGCAUUCGAGCGGCAGCAUGGACGACCGACCGUCCCUCUCUGCCCGUGACUACGUAGAGUCCCUGCAUCAGAACUCCCGGGCCACGCUGCUCUACGGCAAGAACAAUGUUCUGGUUCAGCCGAGGGAUGAUAUGGAAGCUGUGCCAGGGUACCUGUCCCUGCACCAGACAGCUGACGUCAUGACCUUGAAAUGGACGCCUAACCAGCUGAUGAACGGGUCGAUGGGGGACCUGGACUAUGAGAAGAGUGUCUACUGGGACUAUGCCAUGACCAUCCGUCUAGAGGAGAUUGUGUACCUGCACUGCCACCAGCAAGUGGACAGCGGCGGGACAGUGGUGCUGGUCAGCCAGGACGGGAUCCAGAGGCCGCCCUUCCGCUUCCCCAAGGGAGGGCACCUCCUGCAGUUCCUCUCGUGCCUGGAAAAUGGGCUGCUCCCUCAUGGGCAGCUGGACCCUCCACUCUGGUCUCAGCGGGGAAAGGGCAAAGUAUUUCCCAAACUGCGCAAGCGAAGCCCUCAGGGUUCCGCCGAGUCCACGUCUUCAGAUAAGGAAGACGACGAGGCCACAGAUUACGUGUUCAGGAUCAUCUACCCCGGCAUGCAGUCUGAAUUUGUCCCCCAGGACCUGAUGGAUGUCUCCGUGAGCAACCUACCGCCCCUAUGGCAACCCAGCCCCCGGAAGUCCUCCUGCUCAUCCUGUUCACAGAGUGGCUUGGCCGAUGGUGGCUCAUCCAAUGGGUGCAACCAUGAGAGGGCCCCACUGAAGCUCCUCUGUGACAACAUGAAGUACCAGAUCCUUUCCAGAGCCUUCUAUGGAUGGCUUGCCUACUGCAGACACCUGUCCACCGUGAGGACCCACCUGUCAGCCCUGGUCAAUCACAUGAUCGUGUCUCCGGACUCGCCCUGUGAUGCUGGGCACGGGCUGACGGCCAGGAUCUGGGAGCGGUACCUUCAGGACAGCACAAGUUACGAGGAGCAGGAGCUGCUACGCCUCGUCUACUAUGGGGGCAUCCAGCCGGAGAUCCGCAAGGCCGUGUGGCCCUUCCUCCUGGGCCACUACCAGUUCGGGAUGACAGAGACAGAGAGGAAGGAGGUGGACGAGCAGAUUCACGCGUGCUACACACAGACAAUGGCUGAGUGGCUGGGCUGUGAGGCAAUCGUGCGGCAGAGGGAGCGGGAGUCCCACGCGGCUGCCUUGGCUAAAUGCUCGUCAGGGGCCAGCCUGGACAGCCACCUGCACCGGAUGAUGCACCGGGACUCCACCAUCAGCAAUGAGUCCUCCCAGAGCUGCAGUUCCGGCCGACAGCAUGUCCGCCUGCAGAGUGACUCCAGCAACAGCACACAGGUGUUUGAGUCUGUGGACGAAGUAGAGCAGGUAGAGGUGGAAGGCAGGUUGGAGGAGAAACAGCCCAAGAUCCCCAAUGGGAACCUGGUGAAUGGCACCUGCUCCCCGGACUCUGGCCAUCCCUCUUCCCACAACUUCUCCUCGGGCCUCUCGGAGCACUCGGAGCCCAGCCUGAGCACAGAAGACAGUGUCAUGGACGCCCAGCGCAACGCCCCCCUGGCGCUCCGACCUGGGGACAGCAGCGCGGAUGACGGGCAGAGCAGCGAGGCCACCACCUCCCGGGAGGAGGCCCCCCGCGAGGAGCUGGCUGUGCAGGACAGCCUGGAGAGCGACCUCCUCGCCAACGAGAGCAUGGACGAGUUCAUGUCCCUCACUGGCAGCAUGGACGUGGCCCUGCCCGAGAAGGAGGGGGCUGCCAUGGAGGGCUGGGGGGGCAGUGAGGUGGAGAAGCACAGCCAGGUGGAUAGCGAGGACAACCUCUCAGAAGAGCCCGAGAUGGAAAGUCUCUUCCCCGCCCUGGCUUCUCUGGCCGUGGUCACUUCUGCCAACAACGAGGCGUCCCCUGUGUCUUCCAGCGGUGUCACUUACUCUCCGGAGCUCCUGGACCUGUACACGGUGAAUCUGCACCGCAUCGAGAAGGACGUGCAGAGGUGUGACCGCAACUAUUGGUACUUCACGCCCGCCAACCUGGAGAAGCUACGCAACAUCAUGUGCAGCUACAUCUGGCAGCACAUUGAGAUCGGCUACGUCCAGGGCAUGUGUGACCUCCUGGCUCCAUUGCUGGUCAUCCUGGAUGAUGAGGCCCUUGCCUUCAGCUGCUUCACGGAGCUCAUGAAGAGGAUGAGCCAGAACUUCCCCCACGGAGGCGCCAUGGACACACACUUUGCCAACAUGAGGUCGCUGAUCCAGAUUCUGGACUCAGAGCUCUUUGAGCUGAUGCAUCAGAAUGGGGACUACACUCACUUCUACUUCUGCUACCGCUGGUUCCUGCUGGAUUUCAAGCGAGAACUCGUCUACGAUGACGUCUUCUCUGUCUGGGAGACCAUCUGGGCAGCCAAACACGUCUCGUCUGCCCACUACGUCCUCUUCAUUGCGCUGGCUCUGGUGGAGGUCUACCGUGACAUCAUCUUGGAGAACAAUAUGGACUUCACGGACAUCAUCAAAUUCUUUAACGAAAUGGCCGAGCGGCACAACAUGAAACACAUCCUGAAGCUGGCCCGGGACCUCGUGUACAAGGUGCAGACUCUGAUCGAGAACAAGUGAGGGCCUGCUCUCCCCGGGCCGUGUCCGCCGAGCUGCCCGCCAGCCCGCUUUUCCUCCGGGCUGCCCCGGCCGCGAGGUCCCCGUGUCUGUUCAUGAGCAUGGACUUCUGUGCAAAGAGAAACUACCCCAGCUUUGGCCACCCAGGCAGGUGGGGUCGAGGGGUUGCCCCUUCAGUUCAGCCUUACGUUUUUCCGUUUGACCAAAGAUUGUCC